UAUGAACGAGCGGGCUUGACUCUGGUUUGGUCUCCACAAGCUCUCUCUCUCUCUCUCCUUUGGCUGGAGGGAGCAUCAGAUUUAGAGUCUUGUGCACUAUCAGGAGUAGCAAAGUCUCCAACUCUUCACAUCUUGUUGCGUACUUGAUCGGAUGAUCAAGUGAAAGCUAGAGGGAGGAUUUCGAGUAACAAGUGAAAUCAUGAAGUUUAUGAAGCUCGGAUCUCGGCCGGACACUUUUUAUACUACUGAAGCAGUGAGGUCAGUGUCUUCUGAAGUGUCCAGUGACCUCAUAGUACAAGUGAAAGGAACUAGAUAUAUGCUCCACAAGUUUCCCCUGCUCUCGAAGUGCUUGCGAUUGCAGAGACUCUGCUCGGAGUCGCCUGAGUCGUCGCAGCACCAUAUUGUCCAACUUCCGGAUUUCCCGGGCGGCGUCGAGGCAUUCGAGCUGUGCGCCAAGUUCUGCUACGGGAUCACUAUCACUCUAAGUGCCUACAACAUCGUCGCUGCUCGAUGCGCCGCCGAGUACCUCCAGAUGUCCGAGGAUGUCGAGAAGGGCAAUCUGAUGUACAAGAUUGAGGUCUUCUUCAAUUCAUGCAUUCUUCAUGGUUGGAGGGAUUCAAUUGUGACUCUGCAGACCACCAAGGCCUUCCCUCUGUGGUCUGAAGAGCUCGGAAUCACCAGCAGAUGCAUCGAGGCAAUCGCGACCAAAGUCCUGACGAACCCGUCGAAGGUUAGUCUAUCUCAUAGCCACUCCCGUCGAGGCCGGGACGAUAUGUCGUGCAAUGGAGCUGAGAGCCAGAGGCAUAGAUUGACAGUCAAGGGUUGGUGGGCUGAAGAUCUAGCCGACUUGGGGAUCGACCUUUAUUGGAGAACUAUGAUAGCCAUAAAAUCCGGAGGAAGAAUACCCUCCAAUUUGGUUGGCGAUGCCCUGAAGAUUUACGCAUCUCGGUGGCUUCCGAAUGUAUCGAGAGCUGGGAAUGCAAGGAAGCAAGCCAUGUCCGAUUCGGAUUCGGACUCUAACAAUGAAGAGCUCGCUUCGAAGGACCGGCUUCUUCUGGAGUCGAUAAUCAGCUUGCUUCCCGCAGUGAAAGGCGCAGUUUCAUCCAGUUUCCUGCUGAAGCUCUUGAAGGCGGCGAACAUCCUAAACGCGGCUUCUUCUUCGAGAAUGGAACUGGCCAAGAGAGUGGGGAUUCAACUGGAGGAAGCGUCGCCGAACGAUCUUUUAAUUCCUCAUCUGGCGCUGGAGAACGAGACAUUGUACGAUGUGGACAUAGUGAUGACAAUUUUGGAGCAGUUUAAGUUACAAGGUCAGAGUCCCCCAACUAGCCCUCCGAGAUCGAAGCUCGCGUGCGAGAGGAGGAGGUCUCGGUCGGCCGAAAACAUCGAUAUGUUUCAGGAAAGCAGGAGGUCGUCUUCGGCAUCACACAGCUCAAAGCUGAAGGUAGCAAAGAUUAUUGACAAUUACUUGCAAGAGAUCAGCCACGAUGUUAAUUUGCCGCUGGCAAAGUUUGUAGCUCUCGCCGAAGCGGUUCCGGAAUUCGCAAGGGUAGAUCACGACGACCUUUACCGAGCCAUCGACAUCUAUCUCAAGGCGCACCCGAAUCUGAACAAGAGCGAAAGGAAGCGCCUGUGCCGAAUCCUGGACUGUAAGAAACUAUCCAUGGAAGCCUGCAUGCACGCAGCGCAGAACGAGCUCCUGCCCCUGAGGGUGGUGGUCCAAGUCCUCUUCUUCGAGCAGGCGCGAGCCACGAAGGCGAGCGGCAAGGUCACCGAGCUCCCGGGCAACAUCAAGGCGCUCCUGGCAGCGCAUGGCCUUGACUCCUCCAGGACUCCAGCACCAUUAAGCACCACGCCGAGCAUCCCCCCAGAGGACCAGUGGAGCGUGUCGGGCCUGAAGUCCCCCAGCAAAUCGAAGCUCUCAACAUUGAAGAUGAAACUGGCUGAGGACGACGACCUGGACGACAACGACGACGCGCAGCAGGACAGGAUGUCGAGGAGUUCCAUCGUAAAGGCUUUCUGCGCGAUCCCGGCGCGGCCCAAGAAGAUGUUCAGCAAGUUUUGGUCCAACAGUAGAACUACUGCCAAUGAUAAGAACUGAACAUGAAGAAUGGAAAUUUUUUUGGGGUCUUGCCCCAUUUUGGGGAUGGUAAAGUUAAACGCAUAACUCAUACUCUGCCCUGUUCUCUUCUCUGUUCUUUCUUCUUCUUCUUUUUUCACCCUUUUGCCCAAAACCAAGCAAAAAAAAAAAAAGAAAUUUGCCUUUGUAACCUUUAGGAGGAGAGACACUCUUGAGAGAAUCUCAAUGUGCAUUGUCAAUUAGCAUAAUCUAUUAUUUCAAUAAGGUGGGAGAGAUACUUCUUCA